GGGGCCCGGGAAGAGAAGCGGCUUGCCCCCCGGCGUCCACUGCUUGGGGGUCCGCGGCCCCUUACCAUGGACGAGGCCAAGGCCCUGAAAGUCCGGCUGACGUUCGUGGCCAUCCUGGUGGGGGUGUGCCUGAUGCUGGCCGCCGUGGUGACGGACCACUGGGCCGUGCUCAGCCCCAAGGUGGGCCGCUCCAACGCCACCUGCGAGGCGGCCCACUUCGGCCUCUGGCGCCUCUGCACCAAGCGGAUCUUCGUGGUCGACCCCGACCGCCGGGGCUGCGGACCCAUCGACCUGCCCGGGGAGCGCAACUGUUCGUACUUUAGACAUUUCAACCCCGGAGAGAGCUCGGAAAUCUUCGAGGUGACAACCCAGAAAGAAUACAGCAUCUCAGCGGCCGCCAUCGCCAUCUUCAGCAUUUUCUUUAUGAUCAUGGGAACCAUCAUCACACUCCUGUCCUUCCGGAAGAAGAAGGAUUACCUCCUGAAGCCAGCUGCCAUGUUCUAUAUCUUUGCAGGCCUCUGCAUCAUCAUCUCCGUGGAGGUGAUGCGCCAGUCGGUCAAGCGGAUGAUCGACAGUGAGGAAACGGUCUGGAUUGAGUACUAUUACUCCUGGUCCUUCGCCUGUGCCUGCGCCGCCUUCGUCCUGCUCUUCAUCUUUGGCAUCGCCCUGCUCCUCAUCUCCCUGCCCCGCCUGCCCCGGAACCCCUGGGAAACCUGUAUGGAUGCAGACCCGGAGCACUGACAGGGUUUCCCGCUCUGUGCCUGCCCGCUCUGGGGCCCCUCAGACUUUUACCUUGGAAACCGACCGGCGACGUCCACCCGGCCAGAGCCGCUCGCCUGGGUGGGAGAUUUGCAUGGUGGCCGGGUGCUGUCCUUCCCCGUCCGUGGGGGUCACCGGCAGGGCCGCCGCCACCUCCUCUCCCUCCUUUUUCAGUCCCAGCCUUCCCUUCUCCUUUAAGAUGACCCUUUAUCCGAGGCUUUCUUCCUUCAGUGAAGGGGAGGAUGGCGCACUGCUGAGUUGUGAUCCAGUGUCAGUCAGUAAGGUCAAAGGCGAGUAUCCUCAAGGGAUGCUUUUCUGUCCCUCAAGGAUACAGUUUUCAGACUGGGGUUUAAGAUGCCACCAGCCUGUCUGUCUCCCGCUGCCCCUGGGGCUUCAAACUGUCCUUCCCAGAAAUGAUUUCAGGCAGCUUUGCUUUAGGCUGUCAUUUGUAAACAAGUCCCUGUCCCCGUUUUGCUUUCUCCCCCAUGACCGUGUCACACUAGUGUCGCGGGUGUGAAUGAGUGGUAGGACAGCAGUCUGGAGAUGAUUACAGAUGGGAUUGUGUAAAAGGUCCUCGGCCCUCUUCUCCCCAGUGCUGAGCAAAACAGGCAGUGCUGCUUUUGUGAUUUUCUAAGCCGAGAGUCCUUCUCUGGCCCAGUGCACUACAGUUCCUAAGGA